CCGUGCGUACGCCCCGUCCCUCGGCGUGGGCGCCUCCAUCAGCUCCGCCGGCAUCUCCCCUCCUCCUCCUCCUCCUCCCCGCACACCCACACACUUUCCCCGUCCCUCCUCCCCGCCACUCCGCAGCAGUGUGCUUUUGCAGCCUGUGCGGCUCCUGAGAGGUGUGCAGCUUUUUUUUUUUUUCCUCCUUUUUAUUUUUUUUUUCUUUUCUCCGGAGCGGACCCUUUGGGAGGAGCAGCUGCAGCAGCCGCGGCCACGCCGGGACCGAGCAGGGAGGAUGGCCGGGGGGCGCCUCCCGGGGCUGCUUCUCCUCUUCCAUGCCGCGGCUCGCCUGGCAGCCGAGCAAGAAGUUGAAAACCUCUCCGGGCUCUCCCCUAACCCCGAGAAGGACAUCUUCGUGGUGCGGGAAAACCGGACGACAUGUCUCAUGGCCGAAUUCGCCGCCAAGUUCAUCGUCCCCUACGACGUGUGGGCCAGCAACUAUGUGGAUCUGAUUACGGAGCAAGCCGAUAUCCCUCUGUCGCGGGGCGCCGAGAUGAAGGGCAAGUGUGGCACUAACGAGUCGGAGCUGGAGCUCUCCUGGCUGGAGCAAGCGUACACCCUCAAACUCUUCUUCCUGAAGGAGGGGCACAACACGUCCCGGGGGCCGGAGGCGUUCUGGAGGCUCAGCCGGAUCCAGUUCACCUACGACACCUCCGAGCGCACCUACUUCAAGGACGCCGUGAGCCCUGGGAAGCACACGGCCAGCUCGCACCGGCUCUCGGCCCUGGUCACCCCUGCUGGCAAGUCCUACGAGUGCCAGGCCCAGCAGACCAUCUCCCUCAUCUCCAGUGACCACCAGAAGUCCGUGCAGCUCCUGCUGUCUGAAGUGCGGCUCCAGCCCUUCGACAUCCCCGCGGAUUUUGUCUUCAGUGAAGAACACAAGUGCCCGGUGGACCAGCGGGAGCAGCUGGAAGAAACCCUGCCUCUGAUCCUGGGCCUGAUCCUGGGCCUGGUGAUCGUGAUCACCCUCGGCAUUUACCAUGUCCACCUCAAGCUGACGGCCAGCCAAGUGCAGAUCCCUCGGGACAGAUCUCAGUACAAGCACAUGGGAUAGGGAGCAGGAGCGAGCAACCCCAGCAUUCAUCAGGUAGAAAAAAGCAAAAGCACUUUUUUUCCGUGGGUGAGGAGAAGGUUAUGGGGGGGCAAGAGAUGGUAUUCACAGCACCUCGUCGUGAGCACUUCACGGGGACACGCAGGGCAAGGCUGGGCUUUCCCUCAGUCAGGGCAGAGUCUGGGAGAGGACUCGGUGUCUGAUGUGGGGUGUCUGUGGCAGUAGGUGGUUUGAAUACCUUCUUAAGCAGCUGGGCUGAUCAUCUGGAAACAGAAAUGCUUCACAUGUCAAAGUUUAACACUGGGAGCAAAAUUAGCUUUUUUGUUCUUUUUUUGUUUUGUUUUGUUUGUUGCUUUUUCCCUUCUCAAGAGACUCUUUACCUGCC